AUGCCCGCCAUCACACACGGCCUUGCCUCCGUCGGCGCAUCCGUUGUGCCGACACCGCAUCUUCCCAGCCCGCACCUCUUACCAUCGGACAUCUUCCAUCAUCUCGGCCAGUAUUCUCCUUGGUUCCCCGCGGAUACAUCGUCGGACUACGCCGAUCCCCCUGAUCAAUGCGCGGUCACGUUUGUCAGCCAGCUCGAACGACACGGCUCUCGAUAUCCCACCGCUGGUGCUUAUAGAGAGCUGCGCAAGACGCUUCGUCAGAUUGCCAAGCACCUAGAGCGAGUGCCGGACACGGGCAAAGGCGUCAAGGCUACUGAAGGACUCGAUCCACACCUCAAGUGGCUACGUCGCUGGGUGCAGUCCAAGAAGAGCGAGGAUGGAGGCAUGCGCAACCGUCUCGGCAAUUCCGAGCUGACACCGUACGGCCAAUAUGAAGCCUACUCGUCAGGGUGGCGCUUCUAUGAGCAGUACGCACACCUGUUCGAAGCGCAGCAGGUCGACGUCAACGUGGACUACGAUGUUGAAUCGGAUCGCAGCGGCGCUCACUCGAAUCCAUGGCUUGAUUCGAUCUGCGCCGCGCCCCAGACACCCGCUGAAUCCAGCGCGUGGUCGACACUGCAAGUGCUUUCUGGCAUCAGACAUGGAGUCUGUCAGGCAUUGCGCUUCAUAACGAGGUCAGAUCCGUCUGAUCUUCAUCACGAGCAUCGAGAGAGACCCUUCGUUCGAGCUUCGGGAGCAGAUCGUGUAAUCACCACCUCCCGCUUCUGGCUCCAAGGCUUUGCUCAUUCCCCACACAAACCCUUUCGUCAUGCCUCGCCCGAGUCCGCGCCGUGGCCGCAGAAGGGACGUCCAGCCGUACUCGACGACCUCAAAGGGGGCAAGCCGCAUCGACGCAUCGAUCACCUCCCCAAACCCGAUGUCAUCAUCCCAGAAGCACGCAAAUCGGACAAGCUCGGCCAGGUCGCCAGCAACAACACGCUUGACGUCUACACCUGCUCCGCAUUUGAGCGAGACUAUCGCGACAACGCUCGCAGCCCUGCCUCUAUCAAGACGGCUGCAUUCGCCGCCAACGCCACGACAGCCAUUCGCGAUCGACUGGCGAGCCAACUCGGCGUUCGCAAGGGUGGAAGCAAAGACCGACGUGGAGAGAGGAUUCACCUGGAACCGCGCCAGGUGCUGCAGCUUUUCAGCCUCUGUGCCUUUGACACGGUGGCAAGGCUCGAUCCGUACGGCCUUCUGUAUGGAGAUUCGAAGCGGAACGAAGACGCUGUGAGCCCCUUCUGCAGUCUCUUCAAGCCGGAGGAAUACGCCAGCAUCUACGAGAUCACCACGGACAUGGAGAAGGACUACGGAUUUGCAGCACAUAAUCCGUUGCACAGGGCGCUGGCGACGCCUUGGCUACGAGAGCUGCUCGCUCGGAUGGAGGAUCGCUCGCCUGUCAUGAUCCCGCCCACUUCCAUCAACACCACCCUUGAUGGGGAUCAGCGGACUUUCCCGGUGCCCUCGGCGAAGGGACCACGAGCUUUUGCGGACUUUACACACGACAAUCAGCUCGCACCUAUCAUCUCCGCGCUGAACUUGUGGGAUGAAAAGCACACUUGGGUCACCUCCACGACGACGCCCUUCUCGGGCAGAUUGACGGUAGAGAAGCUCGAGUGUGGCAAGGAUGAGUACGUUCGCAUCUUGGUCAACGGCCAGCCGGCAAGCACAUCGGAGGGCAGCUGGUGUCCGAGUUCAGAUGAUGGCUUCGUGCUGAAAGGGGAUCAGCUUUGCCCGCUUUCCACAUUCCUCCAACCACUCAAGUGGGUGGACCACGCCGACGAGUGGGACAAGUGCUACUCCAAGAAGGGCAAGAAGGUGGAAUCGAGCGAUGCAUCUUUCCCCUAG